AUGUCAUUGCCUCCGAUGAAUUCUGUUCCCUUCGAAUGCCUAGUCUCCACCAUGCCACCGCAGACACUCUCUGACAGCCUUGCCCACGUCCCCACCAGAUGUGGCAAGCAACUCUGGAUACCGGCAGGGGACGCGCGGCUCCCGUUAGAUGACGGCUUCGCAACUGCCAUUGCACUUAUGCCGCCUCACUCUCUCUGUCCACUCCGGGACGAUGCGAUCGCAGUCCAGGAACUGUGGUCCAGUUCGGUGUCUCGCUGCAAAGCCAGCGAUUCCUUCGUAGCGCCCUCGACCUCCCUCAGUCCUUUCCUCCUCCCCACGGUGACCCAUUCCGGAGUCUCCGAUGUGACCGCGUCAACCUGUGUCUCUUCGCGAGCGAGCCAAGUCUCUUCAUUUGAAAGUGGGCCGGCUCUCGCUGCAUGUGACUCUUCGUCAUCGUGUCACACCCAAGACGAGGAAUGCGCAGCUCUUUCCCCUUCGCCCUCGCCCGGCGGCCCCCGAUUGGAUUUCAGUUCAUCUGCAGCGGUCGUCACACUCUGCAGAGAAUCGGCCGUUCCGAUUGGCGCAGCACAGCCUCCUAGCCAAGGGCCGAACGUCCGGCCUGCAGCUCUCGUCCAGCGAGCAACGGCGGCGGUACAACGGGCAGCUCCCGAGUCUUUGCAGGCGACCCUUGCAGGUCCGCCGGCAAACAACGUUUCCUACACCGCUUCGGAGUUUGAGUGCGCUUCCUUGACACGCACGACUGCGGCGCCCUCCACAUCCGGUGUCGCUGCCGUCACAGAUGAAGGGAAUGACCAUUUGCUUAAUCUCGUGUCUCUGUCGCCUUCGUACCCGACACAGGGGCAUUUGCAGGUGCACAGAAGCUGCCCUACCCCUUGCCUUCCGGCGCCGUCGCGCCUGGGAGAAUUUGCCGGUCAGGGCUUCCCUCAAAAGGCGAACAACGAGGCGGGACUCCCCUGGGGACUUGAGAGAUACUGUUACCCUGAGCUGUGUACCCCAACUGUAGCGGGGUCUGAGGAGUCCCUCCACUUUGCCUCUUGUCAUCCGGAGACGUUUGGCCUCUUGGAAGCCAGCAGCCGCUGCAUGGACGCGUUCUGCUGUGGCACAUGCUCGAGGGGUAGCGCGGAGCAUCCGUGCGCCACCCUGUGCGCCGGCGGGAGCCUAAGACGCCCUGUUGUCAGAGACGAAAGGGGCCACAUUCCGCUCAGUCCUCCCGCUGACUCUCGCACUAGUAGAGACCUAAAUCGACUUACUGGGUUCAGGAGCGCUGGUGACCCCGACAGAGAUCCCGCGUUACUACAUGCAGGACGAGGUCUGUCGUGUGAACGUGGAAAAGAUUUGUCUCUGGACGACGGUGGCGACAGCCUCUGCAACCCGUACCAGGAGUUACAGAACUUGACGGAAGGCUCUCCCCUACAUGAAAGAAGUGAAGCCUUCUUCCCAUACCUGCGGCUAGAAAACGAGGCGCCAGGCUACACGAGCCCCUACACGUAUCAAGCUCUCGACUCGCCCUCAGCGUAUAAGUGGAGGGCACUCACUGCAUCCCCGAGAGAGAGCCGUUUGAGCCGGUCCAUCUCGCCAUCGACGUGGGACGGGUUGUCGAUUUAUCUCAGCGAGUCGGAUCCCUUUUAUCAAGACCUUUCUUUGCCGUCAACCGGCGAUACUCCUGGUUCCCCACUUGUUGAAAGCUCAGGGGUGGCGAGGCUACUUACUACAGACGAGCAAAUUGGAGAGCCUCUCACUCCCACGGACGUCUCGUCAGGAGCCCCUUCCCGUCUCUCCACAAGGUCGGAGUUGCUGCAAUGCGAGAGCAGUCAGCUGCCAAACCCGAAGAUCCCCAUCUGUGCGGCAAGCCAAACUGCGUCCUCCGAAGAAUUGAUUGCCCACGCUGAGGCAGAACGGACCUCUCCCUCGAUCCCAGUCAGUUCUGCCACCUACGAUGUUGGCGCCGCCCCUCCGGAAACAGGUCGUAGUUCAGUUGCAAAGACAGACUUGCGGGAGAAUGCGACUCCAUGGUGGGAGGGAAAUGCGGCCGGUCAGCCGCGAGCUCCGGAACAGUUACCACCCAAGCGGUGUCUUUCGGAAGCUUGCGCAGAGGAUGCGACGUCUUUGAAUCACCAGGUGGACCGAAGCAGAUGUCCAGACACCGCGUGCAGUUCUGGAAGAGCAGACGUAGCGGCCACGUGCGAAGCACUCACUGUGAGUGCUCCUGGAGCGACGCCGCGCCAGUUGGACUGUCGAGACAGUUUUAUUUCCAGUGAAUGCAGUGGAAGCAAAGGUGCCGUGGAACGUAGGACGGAUGCAGCUGGAAUUCCUCCCGCCUCUUCGAGUCCCGGCCGCGGCUUCGUGGCAAUUCAGCAGGUGGAUUCGACUGUCGCUGGAGGAACGACAAACGCUUGCCCUGUCGGAAACCUGGGAGCAGCGCUGACACGAGGAACGGCUCUAGAGUCUAUCCCAACGGCGGGUUCGUCACUGUCGUCAGAAAGUGGAGCAGCGGCACCUGCACCCUUUCUCACAGUCUGGAGUGAAACACAGGGCUCAAGUGGCAGCCAGUCACCCGUUUCCUGCUCUAGUUUUUCUCCUGCCCCCGUUUCAAGUCGUAGGGGCAAUGGGGACCACGUAGGACUGCCGUCGAUUUCCACAUGCGUGCCAUCGUGUUCUCCCGGAAUGGCACGUAGUGCAUCUUUGCCUGCGAACAAGUCCGCGCUCCCGUGUGGCGAGAACGAGUCUUACCAGCAUUUUGCGCAUGCAGCGAAUUUCUCGCCUCUAGUUCUGGCUCCCAACGUGUCAACCGGUGGAGGUACGUGGCACCUCGCUCGUGGGGUGCCUGAGAAAGUAGCGGCAAAACCGGCUGUUACUACUGGGCUUCCACGGUGUACGUCUGCUUCAUUCGUCACCAGUGUGUCUGUCGGCCAAAGAACUACGCAGGCCGGCCCUUCAGUUCCAUCUUGUUCCCAAGAGAAUUUCUCAGUUCGCCAAAUGCCAUUUGUGGCGGCGCGGACCCCCGGAGAUGGCCAGUUGCCAAUGCAGGCCACGGUCCUGCAGCAGCUGAUGCCGCAGCUAGCCAAGGCGUCUCCGGCUGGAAAGGUGGGGGCGACGUCAGAAGUGAAUCUUCAAGGUGUCAGCGCUCCGCCGCAGUUCGGCCCUCCUCGCGUUCCUCUGAACAAUGUCGCGGCGUCUUCAAAUUUAUUGGCUGCGUCAGCCGCAUCUCACGUUGACUCCACGAAUGUGUCUGCAAUGAAGUACCCGUACUUUUGUCCCCCGGCUGCUCACGUAGGGCGGGCGACAGUUGCAAGGCAGUUUGGAAAUGUCAGCUGUUUGGCUAAGGAUGAGUCAGUGUUCGAAGAGCAUGAACCUGGUGAGGCGCAGCAGGAAACUGCCUUCGAUUUUGGGGGCCCGACUGCCGUCCCCAUCAGAACUCGAAAGGGCUUCCGCAAACCUCUGCCUCUGCCACAGGAAAUGCUGGCAUGUCCAGGAGAUGUCGGAGAUGCGGAGCGAGGUAAUGAGCCUGUGCUGCAAUACGAUGCAGCUUCUCGCGAGUGGAGGGUUUUCUGGGUCGAAGACAGACUGGCGCGAUACAAAGUCUUUCAGGCAAAAAAGUUUGGCAAAGAGCGAGCCCAGCAACUUGCCGAGGACUGGUAUCAUAGAGCCCGAGCUGGACAUGUUUCUGUCGGUUCCCGAGGUCUCCGUGGUGUCCAAAGCCAAGGCGCUCCAAAGGCGAAGAAAAUCAAAACGGAGUCUUAG